AUGUCUGAGAAUCUGCGAUUGUUCAGCACAAAGCGGCUGUCCAACUCGCACGUCUCGACCACCGCCAAGCCAGCCAAGUCAGGCAACAAGUCCAACCUGUUCCUUGAUGACGACGACGACUUUUUUGGCGGUGGUGGUACUGGUCGCAAGGCUGGCUCAGUCACGGGUGGUGGUCCCGCAGCGACGGCCAGUCGACCUCCAGCCGCCGACGCCGAUGCUGAUGAUGCUGAUGAUGUUGAUAAUGCCGAUAAUGCUGACGGUGAUGAUAGUGUCGCUGCAGCGGGCUCCACUGGCAAGCCGAAUGCUCAGAUCGAGCCGCCCGUCAUCAUCAGCAGCCAAGUGGUGCCAAGCGCACAACCCAAGCCACCAGCCACCGCUGCUACCACUACUACUACGACUGCUACUACUACUACUCCUGUUGCGGCUGCUGCUGCUCCUGCGGCGGCGGAAACAACGCGGCGCGAGUCACUCCCGCUGCCCCAAUCCGCCAGAACUCCCCCGGCGCUCUCGCCUCCCGCAACACCCUCGCGCCAGUCCAUCCUUGCAGAUCUGCAGAGUAGCUUGUUUGAUGACUCGGAUCUCAUCCCUGCAAAGCGGUCGAGCAAGCCUGCUGCAGCCAGCAAGCCGCAGACAAGCACCUCGUCGUCGUCCUCGUCGUCGUUCACGUCCGUCACUGCAACUUCGAACGCUGCGCCGUUCGCAUAUACGUUUGCGUCAGUCUCGGUGGACUCGCAGCCUAAACCCGAAGCGAAUGGUGGGCGAACGUUGGGCGCACCUCCGCCGUCUUCCAAAACAGCCCCAACCAUCGACGUCAGCCGGCAGGCGCCGCCUUUGCCGGAAGGAGCCACCGCAGCUGCUGCAGCGUUUGACAUGGAACUAGUGCCAUCCGCGCUCGUGACUGAAUCCCCAACAACAAUAGAGGACGACUAUGUGUGUGAUCCAGUGUCAGACGACCCUCUUGAAGCAUCCGCCUUGUCAACGAGCUCCUCCACUCUCGAACCUUCCGUCGUUGUCACCGAUCCAAUCCUGCCGCCCGCCGUCAACGAGCCUGUACCGCUACUCCCAGCAUCGCCAUUGCCCGCAACUGCUGCGCCACAAGCUGCGAGCAGCAACCUGGCUCCCACAUACACAUUCAAGAGCCGCGGCGAGCUGCUGACGCGCGAAAUGUGGCUGGCCAUGCUGGCCGAUGGCCGCGUCAUGAACGAGUCGGGUCUUCGCAGCGCAGUGUUUUGUGGAGGGAUUGACCCGCAACUCCGCGCAGAGAUCUGGCCCUUGCUUCUUGGAAUGUAUCCGAUGCAAAGCACGCUUGUCGAGCGGGAGAUUUUGCGCCAGGAGAAGCAUGCGCAGUACUAUGCGAUGCGACGGCGCUGCUUGCGCGUUCUCGCCGAACUUGGCUUGGGGCAGGACUCGCAGUACCUGAGUACGGCGGCCGAGGUCGCCAGCGGCGUGCCGGAAGACCCUUCGCUCGCCGUGCUCGCGGACAUUAACGCCAACUCAAAGCCAUUCGACCAGAACAAGCUCAGGCGCGCUCAGUCUCAAAUCGACAAGGAUGUGCCCCGGACGGAACGCGAGCACCCGUAUUUUGCUGGGCCCAACGGUGUCCAGGGAGCCCAGAAGCUGCGUCACAUUCUUCUGACCUUUGCCGCCUUCCGAUCGCAGCUCGGCUACGUCCAAGGCAUGAGCGACAUUCUCGCCAUGCUUCUUGUCGUGCUGGACAAUGAGGCUGAUGCCUAUUGGUGCUUUGUCGGGUACAUGCACGACGUCGAGUAUGACUUUCAGGAGGCAGGCAUGUCCUGGAAGCUCCAGCGAAUGAGUGCGCUCUUGCAGUUCAUGGACCACGAUCUCUUUGCCCAGCUCCAUCGCAACGAAGCGCAUGAGCUGGUCUUUAUGCACCGCUGGCUGCUGCUCUCCUUCCGUCGCGAAUUCCGUUUCGAUCAGGCGGUGCAAAUGUUCGAGGUGCUCAUCAGUCGCCACCUGGGCAAGGCCACCAUCGCGCACCCUUCUGUCGUACUACAGGGCCGUGUCCCAGCCGCAGCGGUGACCAGCAAGACCUCCGCUGGUGCGAAACGAGGGGGCGCUUCCGCUCCCACAUCCGUUGGUCGGCCAAACACGUCCAGCUCGGUGUUUACCAGCAACAAGACGGGCAGCGACAACCACGACCAUCGCCACUUUGUCUAUACCUUUGAAUUGUUCGUGGCUCUGGCCAUCAUUGAGGGGCAACGGUCCAAGUUCCUCGCUUGCCACGACCAGACAGAGGUCUUUCUGCUGGCCAAUUCGCUCGCCACCCGCCUCGACCUGGAAAUCACACUUGCCAACGCCGAGCGCCUCUUUCUAGCUUACCGCGAACGGACUACGCGGCAGCGCCCCGAUCUUUGGGACUUUGUUGAUGAAAAGGAUGAUUCCGUGUACACUGCCUAA